AUUCACCGGAACAUCUCAAUAUUAUCUUCCAGUUUAAAACAAAGCAUCUCAUUUCUCAGCCAACUCUGUUUAACUCCCCUCAAAACAGAGCAUCACAUUAUCCAUACCACGAUCAAACAAUCUGAACUUAAGUCAAUGGCAGGCCCCUUAAUAUCACUUAUGGGUGUCAUGGCUCCAAUUGAGCGUGAGAACAUCUCAGUUGAGAUACUUUUCUUGGAGAAGACACGCCGGAGGUUCAUCGUGGAAUGGAGAGCAGCCCCAUCAACGGUGUCUCAAACCCAACUCAUGAAAGAUUUGUUCUUGCAAUUUUGGUUACAAGUUGAAGGGCUUAUUAUGGCGGGAUUCCUCCCGUCAAACGAUAACACAGCUUUCUUGGCAACUAAUGGGAAGGCAAAGGCUUUGUUCGAAGCCCUUACAGAGUAUCCACCACUAUGUAAAUUGGAAAACGGAGUAUGGGGUGUGAGAUCUGUCUUCGUGGCCAUUCCCUCAUUGGCUCCAGAUGGGAAUUCUCUGUUUUCUUUGUGGAGGAGGCUUGAUGAUGAGGCAAUGGUGAUGCUGGAUCAAGUCCGACAACUUGAAAAGUUGAUGAAAACCGCUGGCACACAAGAUCCCUACUGGAGAGAUAUGAUCAGCUUCUCAUCUAUGGUGUCCGAUAAGUUCAAAACGAGAACAAGGGUUCUGGAUGUCUAUGCCCAUCAGACUUAUGUUAAAAAGUUAAUAUUUCCAAGUAACAUCUUCAUGGAAGUCAUCAAUUGCUCAUGGGUGCAACAGGUCGAUGGAAGGAGAGUGAAGUACCAUUUUCAGUUUGAGCCUAUUACAUCUAGUAUGUAUGGAGGCCAGGAGGAUGAAGAUGGUCUGCACAGUGAGCUGUUUGAUCAUUCUGUUGUUUUGUGGAAUGCAAGAGGAUCACUAAGAUCACAUUUUUGGGAAGCAGUUGACUUCCUCCACCGUCGAACUCUACCGGAUGUUAUGAUAAUCUUCAACACCGCUGUGGCUGAGGACCGAAUCAUUGGCGUUGGAAAUGAUCAAAUCAUGUAUGAUGAAGUGUUUACAGCUCCUGCAAAUAACGGGGUGGGAGGGAUAAUGUGUCAAUGGUAUAAGAGUAGAGUUAAUGUUGCAUGUGUGAAAUCAGAUAUUUCAGAAAAUGCAUCAUAUAUAUCCAUUUCAAUUACCCCGAGAAGGUAUAUGGGGUUGUCUACCUACGGGCCAUGCUAAGAAAGCAUCUGCAAAAUUUUUAUUUUGUAACCAGUGGAAACCAAUACCUAUGGUUAGGGUCAUGCAGGAGGGUUGCAUGGGUAUUGGAUGAUAUUUUUCACUUGGUACUGUUUUUGUGUUAAUGUUUUUGUUAAUUAUAUGAUUAGCUGCUUUUGUAAAAACUGUUGAAGAUCAGAACUCUUAUCUCUUGAGUACUUGCCCUGUUGUUCCGGUAUUGAAAUGGAUGAAUGUAAUACGGGUUUCCAAAAUAUAUUUGGGUAGUACCACCAAAAUAUAAUUAUGUAAUCACG